UGUUUAGAUAAAACAGCGUUAACAAAAUUCCACCUUUAGUAUAGUUUAAAAUUUCGAUUAUAGUAUCGUAUCGCAAUGCUCUCGAUAGUUUACGCGGCAAAUAAUAGGGAAAGAAUUUUAAACUUGUUAAAAUUGUGUAUAGUACACAUCGAACAUUUUCAUAGUUAGGUUAGUGUGAAUACAAUAGCGCACAAUUUUGCCGCGUGCUAAAUUAAUUCGCGUAAAAUAAUCUAAGUUAUAUAAGUAUAGUUUUUAAAAAAUGAUGUAAAACAUUUGAAAUGAUUUUUAAUUAGUAUCGUACAAGUUUUCAGAAUUUAAUUUCUGAAAUAUUGUUACAUUUGUUUAUCCUUCGAUUAACAAACAGUGUCGUAAAUUAUUUACGAAAAAAGAAAAUAUACAUAAACGAAAGAUAUGAAAUAAUAUAUAUUAUUCAAAGUAAUUGAGUCAGAAAUACUUAUAAUUAGAGAUGCAAGCAAAUUCACAAAAACUUGAGAACAUUAGAACUACCAUAUUAUCAUUAUUACUUGCAAGAAAAGGAGGAUGUACGUUAAGGCAGUUGGAUAAUGAUUACUGUGAAGUAGAGGGUACAAAUAUACCAUGGAAAGAUUUUGGAUAUAUUUCUUUGUUGAACUUUUUACAUGCCAUGUCUAAGAAUGUUCAUAUAGAAAAUAAAAACAAUACAAUUAUCUUAAAAGGUAUUGCAUCUGAUAAAUCCAAACAUGUUAGUAAAUUGGUGGCUGGCCAGAAAGAUCAGUCAAAUCUAACAGGAAGAAAAGUAUAUAAGCCAAGUCACUAUUAUCCAAAAACAGCACCCCCUAAAAUUCGUAUACCAGCCGAAAUAUUGUUGAAGAUAAUUAAUUUAAUUCAUGAACAUCCGGAUGGUAUAAGCAAAGAUUAUGUACAUCAGGCAGUUAAAUCGCUCAUGCCUUUUGCAAACAUUACGAUGCAAGACAUGGAAGAUCAAUUUAGAGAACUCUCACAUAAGAUUUUCUUAACAAAUAAUAAAAUUUUUCCUACUCAAAAUAAAAUUGAUUAUUCAAAGAAAACUAAUGGUGUGACUUCUUCAGAUUUUGUAUCUGAAUCAUAUAAUGGCCAAGGCCGACAGUCACCAAUCGUGACUGUUGGUGGAGAUGAAGAUUCAGAUAUUGUGUCAGAUUAUGAUGAUGAUGAUGAUUUGAACUUUAUACGUGCCUCUAAUUUAUGUCCUAACAAAUCAACUGUGAAUACUAAGCCUACAUCUAAUUUUAUAAAAGAAACUGUAUCUAAAUGUCAAGAUCAAAUUAUAGAUUUUGAUAAUGAUCACAUAGAAUAUAAUAAUAAUUUUGGAAAUAGAAAGGAUUGUACGAAUGAUAAAAAUGGUGAAAUACUUAUAAAUGAAAGAGUUAAAUUUCGUUUAGAAAAACUUAUACAAAAUCAUCCUAAUGGAAUUUGGUGUGCCGAUUUACCAGAAGUAUAUUUAGAAGAGUAUAAAGUUUCUUUAAAUUACAUGGAACUUGGUUUUAAUAGCGUUAGAGAAUUUGCAUCACAGUUACCUGAAAUUUUCCAUUGUGUGCAACUGCACGAUACAGGAGAUUUUAUGCUUUACUAUGCUAAAAAUGAAAUACCUGCAAAUAAACUUAAGGGAAAUCAUAAAGUUGGUAAUCUUGCACAAUUGCAUCAAAUUUAUGAAACAAGCGACGAAGAAGCACUUCCAGUUACAGUGUCAUUGGAUGUAUGUAAGGAGUUGAUACCAGAUGAUACAAUGAGCAUUGGGGAAUGCGUCGGUUAUAUAAGUGUGACAGAUUUAAUGCAAGAUGAAAAACCAUAUAUAGAAGUUAUUGUAGUGGAAGUAUUUACACCAUCAUUUUUUUGGAUACAACUUCGUAAAAAACAAAGAACAUUCAAAAAAUUUAUGGACGAGUUACAUAAUUUUUAUGUAACAAAACAUGAACAGUAUACAAUACCGCCACUUGUAUUAGAAAAAGGUUUAAAUUGUGCAUGCAUGUAUAAUGGUUUGUGGCACAGAGGUAUAAUAAAGACAGUAAAACCUGAUUUACAAGUUACUGUAAUGUUUUAUGAUUAUGGUACACUAAAAACAUACCCCCCAGAUGAAAUACAUUAUUUACAUAGAAUGUUCUCUUAUCUACCAGCGCAAGCAAUACCUUGUGGUUUAGUUAAUACAAGGCCAUAUAAAGGAUGUAAAUGGAGCCGCAGUGCUACUCAUCACUUUGCGAUAAGAACUCAGAUGCCAUUAAUUGCAACGAUUGCAUCAAUUAAUGUAGAUGACAACUCUAUGCUAGUAACUUUAACUGACACUUCGGAAGAAGAGGAUGUGCAUAUCAAUGACUGGUUAGUUGAACAAAAAUUAGCCGAACAUGGAAAAAUGGUUUGUACAAAAUAUCGAAACUUUCCAUUCCGUUAUUAUUUAGAAUGUCAAGAACGUUACAAGCAAAAAACUGAAAUACUUAAAGUUUCUAAGAAAGAUAAAUCAACACAGUGUGAUUCUACACUUUCCGAAAAUUAUUCUGGAAAUAAAAUAGCAUUAUGUGAUUCAAAUGGUGAAGUAACGCCAGUAUCUAAAAGUAGUAGCGAUAAAACAAAUAUUGGUAAAAUAGAUUUAGUACCUUCCAAAGAUAUAAAAAAGUUAGAAUUCCUUAAAUCUUGUAGUCGCCUUCAGAACAACGUUCCCAAAGAUAUAUGUGAUUAUACAUUGAAUUCUGGAGAUGAAUCACCGAUAAAAUUAAAAUCUUUGUACAAGAAACUGCUUAAUUUUAAGCAAAUAGCACAUUGCAAUAAAAUUAAUGAUCAUAAUAACCAUAUUGAUAUUAGUGAUAAUAAUAACAAUACGGAAAUGAACAAAAUUUCCAGCUAUGAGUUACCAAGUAAAUCAAUGGAACAGGAGUUACAGGAAAAAUCUGAGUUAGAUAAUAUUAACGAAGAAUUUGAUAAAAUUUCUCAUACAUCUCCUGUUUCUGCGUUUAAUAAUAAUAUCGAAGUUAAUAAAACAUUAAAUAAUAAGUGUGAUAUCUUACACAAAUUUAGCAACAUUCCAAAAGCAUAUGCUCAUCAUUUUCAUAUACAAGAUUCAGAAGAUGAAUUGGAUUUACAUCACAUAAAACGUGCGGAUACAUGUACCGAAACAAAUGAGGAAAUGUAUAUAGACUGGUCCAUUAUUAGUAAAAAUACACAACAAAAGGGGGAGAAAGUAGAAAUGAACAAUUUGUUGCUCUAUGUAGAGGAAAAUUUAGUAUUUUCACCGGAAAUAUGUUAUGAAACAGAAAGCAGUAUACCUGACAACUGUAGUAAAGAAUCAACAAAAGAAUCUAUCAAUGUGCCUUUAGUAUUGCCACAGAGUACUUUAGAAGAUUCGUACUUUAAGACUGCACCAAAAUUAUCCGAGAGAUCUCAAAACUUAACAAGGACUGACGAAGAAAAUACACAAGAUCAAAUUUCUCAAAACAAUACACAUACUUUUACCAAAAAUCACACUAAUCCAUUUUUACAAGCUACACCUGCGUAUAAUGAGGGAGACUUGAGUCCAAAAAGACUUAUGCAGUUAUGGACCGAAAACUUACAAUUACAAAUGCAAAUAACUACUACACUUAGUAUACUUUUUAAUAAGGUAUUGAAUAAUUCCACAAAAAGUGAAAAUGGUAAUUUGACGAAUAGCGAAAAUGUAAAUACGAGUAAUACAUUUUUACGUACUAACGACAAUAUUUUAUCAACAAGCUCUGCAAACAUGAAUAUAUUUAAUACAUACCAAGAGACUACAUUUUCAAAUGCAAAAACUUGCAAUGAAAACCUUAAUACAAAUACUUAUUCGAAUCCUUUUCAAAACAACGGUAAUCAGAAUACAGUGAAUGAUUGUACUAAACAAGCGACAAAGACAGUAAGGGUUCCUCCAGGAUAUGAAAAAUAUCAUAACAGAUUUAAGUUUGACGAAAAUUAUUUUCUAAGUAAUACAAUUAAUAAUCUAACUACUUUCGAUAAUUAUUCAAAUAGUAAUGUAACUUUGAGAGAAACAAAUCCUUUCAAACUUAGUUUAGCUGGCAAAUUGAAUAUAUCAGAUCCGCAAGAAGAUAAUCAUAGUAAUUCCGUUCAUUUGCCCUCUAAUUCACAUGAAAAUCAGAACUUGAUUUCGAACAAUGACUCGAUUUCACAACGAUUCGAUGGAAGAGAUAACUUUAAAAUGAAAACUUCGACUGAAGCCAUUUCAGAGAAAGGUACAUUGUAUAAUCAUCCUCAGUGUUGUUUUAAUAAUACUUCAAACAACACCAGUAACAUUAAAACUGAAUCAUUUGUGUCAAAUACAAAUACUCUACCAUCUCAGUAUCACUGGAAUAUAGAUAAUGUUAAUAAUGGAAUGUCUAGAAUGACUAUUAACGACCAAAACAUGCAGCAUCCUGAUCAAAAAGUAAACGAAAUAAAAAAAUAUAUACAAGAACAUGUUGCGAAAGACAAAAAAGAUUUUAACAUCGAAUCUCAGACAGACGUUCAAAGAAGUGAAAAGUCGAUUUCGAAUUACGAUAUGAAUGGCUGUAAAUUUUCAACUAAAAUGCCAACUAAUAAUUUGGAUUAUAACUCUACAUUAAUAAACAAUACGAAUUUUCAAGAAGGAUAUUUCAGUCAUGCAACAACUCAAAAUUUAUAUACCUCAUCCCCGCUAUUACAAACGAAUAAUAAAACAGAAUGUUCCCAACAAUUAUUAAGCGAGAACGCGAAUAUAGUAGCCGAUACGUUGGUUAAAGCAUUUGAAAAUACUGCUGAAUUAAAUAAUUGGAAUAAAGUGCCCUUUCUACCUCAAACAAGUGACCAAACGAUGACGUACCCUAAAAAUCAAUCGCAUCAGAGAACACAAAAUUUAGAUAAAGAAGAGGUUGCAGUUUCGCCAAUUAAUGAAAAUCAGUUAAGAGAUAUUGUCAGAGAUGUGUCAUCGGAUGACUUAAUAUUUUUUCAAGUGUUUGAAUUACCUAAUACAAUAAUACAUAUAUUUCAUCAUCAAGGAGAAGGCUGGUUAUUAACAGAUGAAUUUAUUCAAGGGUUUACUAAAUUUGAGUCAACUUCGUAUGCGAUGAUUUUGUUAUAUACCCUUAACAUACCUGUACAGUAUAAAAAUAUUAAUAUAAUACAUUAUCCAUCAAAGUUUAUAAACAUUGGCAGGACUGUAUCAAAGACAAUGCGAGAUAUGAUACAUAAUAAAAAUAAUAUUCAUUUGAUACAAUUAAAGUCGGUGAUCGAAAUAUUAAACAAGCUUGAAAUUAUUUCAGAAAGAUAUGAGGAUCAUGCUUUAAUGAAUGAUUCAGUUAUUCAGGAUAUGUGGUUCUCUUUGCAGCUGAUAAACAAUGCAUACAAAAAUCUGAAAUAUAGAGUAGAAAGCACAGAAUAAUUAUAAAACAGAGCAUACAUGUUCCUAGAUAUUAUUGAACUAAUAUCUGUUAUUAUUAUUAAGUAACAAUAUUUUAUAAUAGCUAUUGUGUACAGCUAUAAAUUUUGUUAA